AUGCUGCCACUAUCGCUCCUUAAUGCCGCCCAAAAUAAACCCAUGUUGGUCGAGCUCAAGAAUGGCGAGACGUUCAACGGUCACCUCGUCAAUUGCGAUAACUUCAUGAACAUCACCCUCCGGGAGGUCUACCAAACCAGUGCCGAGGGAGACAAGUUCUGGAAGCUGAGAGAGUGCUAUAUUCGAGGCAGCACGAUUAAGUACUUGCGUGUACCAGACACCCUCUUGGACGCUGUGAAGGAAGAGCAAAACCGGGCAAGAGAAGCUGGCCGUAGUGCCCGAGGGGCACAUGUCAGCGGUGCCGGUCAGAGAGGGCGUGGUGCGCCACAGCGAGGCCGUGGUAUGGUUCGUGGUGGGGGCCCCGCGCGUGGCGGACGUGGAAGGGGAAGGGGAAUGUAA